ACAUAACGUUCUCCAAGCUUCGCACUGGCUAUGUCAAGGGUUGGAUGUUGAUUGAGUAGCUGGCUCGAUUUUCUCUUGUAGAAAAUACUGGAAAGAAAUCAACAGGAUGGAUUAUAUGAUUGUUUUUAUAUUUCUUAAUGUAUUAAACACUGCGUGUUGUAUGAAUGAAUAUGUACACAAUAUGUCGAGACUUAUUUCAAAAUACUUGGAGUAUUGUGGAAGCGAAUCCAUUUGCUCAAAGAUGGACGAAAAAGGUAAUCUACAAAUAUCCAAGACUAGCAAUUUCCACGACUGUCUCUCGUGUUCUUGUUCGGAAUAUUGUGACUUUAACCGUAAUUGUUGCCUAGACGAAUCCUACAGCACCUGCGUUCAAAGCAUGAUUCCAUGGAGCAUUUUCAACCAAGAUCAAAGCUAUAAGAUGGUUUCUUCUUGUCCAGAUCUGUACGAAAUUUGCUUUCAACCGAUUACUGGAACUAAUUUCCUUCAUCAAAUACCGGUGUAUUCUUUUGUUACAAACAAAACCUAUGCAAAUGUCAAUUGUUCUAAAUGUCACGGUGAAAAUGAAACUGUAUCAUGGGCGUAUUACAUAGAAUGUCCGUAUAAAGAAAUAGAUAUUGAUGACUAUACGGAUGCACCUAGUCUAUGGAACGGCAUGAUGUACAGUAGCUGUGCUUUAAAGUUGACCCCGCCUGUAAAUACUUUCCAGCGGCACUGUGAAGUGACCUCCCUGGUCAGGACAUGUAAUAUUACGGGGGACUGGGAUGUGUACGAUAAAGAAAUCCAAGACGCAUGCGAGCAUUACCAGAAACCAUAUAAGUUUUACCAAAAUGUCUUUUGCUUUCUUUGUAAUACGGGUAAGGAACAAAGAAAAGUUUUAAAACUCACGGAAUCUAACAAAACGCCUAUGUCAUUUGAAAGGGAAAACAACAUACCGAGUUACUUGAUGAACUACAAUAAGUCCCACGAACAGAUGUUGCAAUUCGACGAUGCGUUAGUGCUAUUUUCAGAAGAAUAUAAUGGAACAAAUGACCGGUAUAUGGCUAAUUUAACGUUACUAUCAUUCAAUUUGGCGGAGAGCCUAAACAAAAGCUUGAGAGAUAAUGAUACUUUAAAUAAAUCAGUAGAUUUUGAGGCCUCUGUGAAUCUGACUGCUCUAUAUGAGGAGUACGUCAGGUCAGGUGGCUAUCGUAACUGGUGCUCAGAGGAACACAGAGUUGACAAAAUAUUCCCCGGCUUCAAAGCAAGGAGAGACUGUAGUUGUGACGACAACUGUUAUAAAUCUGCCUCCUGCUGCCCCGAUGCUGCAUUCUUUCAACGCAGGGCUUGUUCCGCAGCACACAUCAUCCACACGGCUCGCUAUGAAUUUAACACGUCGUAUUAUUUUAUGAUUAGGAAAUGUCCGAUAUAUUACAAGCAUGCUUCAAUAAAACUCAAAUGUGAAAGCAAUUCCAAUGUUGACCUGCUAAAUAUUCCGGUGAUCAAUAUUCAAACCCAUGAAACUUAUUUUAAUAUAUACUGUUAUAUUUGUCACAACCAGAAAGAGCCGAACUAUCAAAAUUUGACUGAUAUCAUGGUAUGGAAUGUGAGUCUAGUUUGUCCGAAAUUAUUUUUCCCUGCACUCAAACCUUCAAUAUCGGCAAUCUUACAGACUGCGAAUAAAAAUGGUUGUUCUUUUUAUUAUAGCACUACAUUUUUUGUGGAUAGUUGCGAACUAACUGAUCGACAGACCAUUGGUAUCUGCAAUCAGACAGGAGUUGUCAAAUCAGUGUCUGAAAGUGCUCGAUUUAUGUGUGAAAGUAUUGAUGGAAACUUAAUGGCAAAAUCACAAUAUUCAAUGUAUAAAAAUCCAAUUUGUGAUCUGUGCAACAGCGAGAUUUUUGAAGAACCCAUAUCAAAUUGCUACUUUAAAGAUCUAGAUGUCAGCAAUUCAGACAGAUAUAAUUGUGAAAAUGGUAAUUUGGAUAUACAUUCUUAUCCCUUUAAGAACAGAUAUUGUAAAACAUGCAAUAGAAGAAUAAUGUUACCUCAAACAGGUACAGACUUUAUUCAUAACGAAAUUGGAUUGCCUACCUACAGAAACUUGUUUGUAAUGUCUGAUACUAGUGAAGAUCCCACCAGACAAGUGGUAGGAUGUAGCAGAUCACAGUUCAAGGAUACAUACACGAGCAAAUGCAGAAAAUUGCUGUGUUCGAGAGGAAAACUGCUGAUGAAUGACACAUGUUCGUAUUUUGUUCCUUAUGCCAGGGAAGCACAGUACAAUGUAGCGCUUAGAGUUCUGAUGCACUCAAAUUCGACUCACACCAAUUUGCGUAAUAUCAUAGAUAAUCUGCAAGAAAUUCUUCAGAAAGAAAUAAAAGAAGGGAACAAUAAUAUAGAAGAUAUAUAUGUUUAUUCAAAAUUGUCUUGUAAUGAACCCAUGGGACUAUCGACAGACAUAUGUUUGAUUUACACCCGAAUCAAAGUACAAAAUAACCAGUUUCCAAUUAACAGAAACCGCUUGGAGAUGCAGCUGUUAGGUUUAACAAAUAUCAGAAUCAAUUUUGAGGGUGUUUUGCUUGAAUUUCAACAAAGCUUAGAGGCCUGGUUUCUUCCAAUUUAUAAUCAUGAGAAAAAGAUAAACUCUAUGGAAUGCUUCACGAAAAACAUUUCUCAUUCCUCAAAAUAUUCAUAUAACAUUAAUAAUUUACUUGUUUGCAAACAGAUCCAACUAGAACCAGACGAAUACGUUCUUUCUAAAGAUUACAGUAGCAUAUACGUUAAGUCAGUUGACAAUAGAUACAAUUUUAAUGAAUUUGUAAAAGAAAGUAAUGGAAGAGUACGGAUUUGUGCAGAAUCAUACAAAAGAAAAAGGAAGGUGUAUUUUUCGUCAGAUCAAAAAGGUAACUUAGAUAUUGGAUUAAUGGUUGUUACUUAUAUCUGCACCAUUUUUUCUCUUCUGUGCUUGCUCGCAACAAUUUUGAUUUAUUGCAUUUUACCUGUUUUAAGAACGGUACCAGGAAAAAACACAAUGUGCUAUGCCUUUUCGCUUUUUCUGGCACAGCUUUUCUUCAUCAUCCAAGCGUACAUUACCAACGAGAAAGCAUGUGCAUGGAUUGGAGGAUUCACUCAUUACUUUUGGAUCACUGUAUUUACUUGUACCAAUAUCUGCUGUUUUCACAUGUUUAGAUUAUUUGUGAGGAAUGCUUUGACACGCGGCGAUGUAUCUGCGGAAAGAAAACUAUUCAUAAAGUACUGUCUGGCGUCUUUUCUGUUACCAUUGCUUCCUGUAGCCUUGAAUAUAUCACUUGCUUACACAAACAUUAAGUCCAUACAGUUUGGAUAUGGAGGAAAGAAAUGUUUCCUUCUCGAUCAUAAAGCUCAAAUUCUAUUGUUUAUCAUUCCAAUAUUUCUACAGAUUAUUUUCAAUAUAAUAAUGUUUUCCAUCACUUUUUAUUACAUAAGAAAUACACCGAAGGUCAAGAGCACUCAAGACAGACAUGACUUUACCAUUUUCAUGAAACUGUUUUUAUUGACUGGUGUGUCGUGGCUCUUCAUGAUUGUAGACGGAUUUUUUGAUGUAUCUCCUUUUACAUUUUUGGCUACAAUUGUUAAUGGCGCCCAAGGAGUGAUUAUAUUCGUCUCGUAUAUUUGUAAUAAAAGAGUUUUCAAACUAUUGAAAGAUAAACAUGAUCAACUUCAGAGUACACGUUCUCAAAACAUUCAUUCAUCAACAGCAAAUCACACUACCACAACUCAAAUGUGAAUUAUCAAAAGUUCAAAGAAGAAAACUAUUUCCUAUUUAUGAGUUUAGAAAGUAUAUACCUGGUCAAUUUCUUGAAAUCCUAAUUGCAUGCAACAAUUUCUGUUGUAAAUUUUAUGUUCUGCUUAUUAAAUUAUAUAUUUUAGAUUGUCAGUUUUCUUUAUUGCUAUUUUUCCAAUUACAUUUUUUGUAUUUUUUAAAACCUUUGAAUUUUGGUGCUCCUUUUAAAUUUAAAUAUGAUGUUUGAUUAAAUAAGCAAAAUAUAUAUUCUUUGACUUUUAGUAUGAUUCUACUUUUCACCUAGUUUGGAUCAUGGAUAUCUGAUAGGUUUAGAAAAGCAAUAUAAGUGAAUGGGCAAAGAGUGAUAACUGUUAAAAAUGUUGCAAAAUCGCAGGAAAUUAAAGAUAAAAUGGAUCCCUUUAGAUUAAUGUUUUUGCCAGCUAAAAAGAGUGGAGUUGAUUUCUGUCUUCUUUUGGUGUUUCUUUAGAAGUAGUUGUUUGGAUUCAAUUUUUGUAGUAUUUACCAUACUGUAUCCUUUAUUUUUGUUAAUAUACACAAUUUAAAAGGAAGGGAUUACAGCAAAUUAAUUAAAUAUCAAUUUAUUUCUCUUUUAUUUGCAAAUGUAUUGAAACUAGAUGGUGCAGAUGAUUGUUGAAAAUGUAAAUCAUUGUACAAUUUUAAUAUGUAUUAUUAUUUCUUUGACUUUCUGUUUACUGCAAUAAAAAUUAUAGUAUU